AUGUGGAAAUUGCUGGAAGAGGCGUUGGCUGCACAAGUUUCAUUCGAUCUUUCGUUUGCUUUGGGGCCGGCAGUGGCAGGGCGAUUUGUGCGCAGGGUGCAAACCUCGAACAGUUGCGGCCAAAGUGGAGAUGCUGCGUCAGGUGCUUCCGACCCUGAGUUUGGCAUUCAAGCCACCUACGGGGGCCGCACUGAAACUGCUGCUUCUUUGGACAAGGGUUGCCUCACGCAGCCAGGUGGCAAUGCGCAAAAACUCUGUGCGAUUAUGCCAAACUCGAAAAACAUGACUGGAGUGGUGAGACGCGUGGUGAGUCAAGCGCUCCCCACUCUGAGGUUGGCUAUGUCAAACACUUUGACAAGCCGCCUGCCUCAGUGCCACCGCUCCAGAAUUUCAACGAGCCAGGCUACUUGGGCCCUUUACUGCCCCGACUCCAAGGCAGCUUCGCCAAGCAUUGCGUGUGCCACGGCUGCCUUCGCGGCCUAG